AUGUGGUCGGGAGAGAACUAUGCUUCGGAUUUCUCCAUCUCGUCCUUCGGCCUGGCCGUGCCGCAGCUGGUCGAGGGUUCGCAUCCGCAGGAGCAGCAACAGCAGCAGCUCGAGCCACCUGGCAGCAACCACGACGUGAACUGCGGCAUGCUCGGCGUGUACCCGUCUUUCCUGCAGGGCUACCGCACGCACCGGUGCUACCUCAUUUGCCUCUGCGUGCUCGGCAUGACGCAGGGCUUCGUCGUCAACGGCCUGGUCUCCGUGGUGACGCCCACCAUCGAGAAGCGCUUCCAGCUGCUCGGAAUCGAAGUCGGGAUCAUCCAGAGCAUGUUCAACGUGGCGUCGUGCAUCAUGACGACGCCCGUGAGUUACCACGGAGGCGUCGGACACAAGCCGGUAAUACUUGGCAUCGGCGCCCUCUUUGUGGCCACCGGCUCUAUGGUGUUCGCCUCGCCACACUUCCUGGCACCGCCGUACAUGCCGCUGGGCAGCGGCUCCGCCGACUCCUGCCCCCAGCGGGGCCUCCCCGAAAAGUGCGCCGUCCUGGCACGCUCAGGUGCCGCCAGCGCCAACUCCUUCAAGUACUUUUUCAUGGUGGGGCACGCGCUGCAUGGCGUCGGUUCGUCGCCAUUCUACACUCUCGGCGUGGCUUACCUGGACCAAAACACGCCUUCGGCUAGUGCAUCUGUCUACAUGGGCAUCUUUUACGCCACGUCCGUGCUGGGACCUGCCUUGGGCUUCCUCCUUGGCGGUUACUUCCUUUCGAAAUACACGGACAUAACCGCCGAUCCUUCGAAGCUGGGAAUGGACCCUUCGAGUGCUAACUGGGUGGGCGCUUGGUGGCUUGGCUUCUCCUGCGCCUGCAUCGUGACCUUCCUCACUGCCUUUCCGAUGGCGAGUUUUCCAAGAGCAUUACCAACUGCCGUACAACGGGCGAAAGAUCUGUCGAGGCUGCAGAAGGCGAAAGCAAUGAAAUCCCAGAAGCAAACGCAGAGCGAAACCGAUGUGCAAGCUGCACCGGAGGUCAAGGCUAUACCAGAUGUCCAGGCUACUUCGCAGGCCUCUGGAGCUCCUCUUGCUACCCGGGGUUCUGUGACUACAGUGGUCAGCCCAGCUAGUCCGGCUAUCCAGACUACCUACAAUGCUCGGGCUACUUUGGCCAACCAGGCUACCACCUUGGGCAGUCUGCCUACAGCAGGCUCGCAAGGAUCGGUAGGCGCGCAAGAAACAGCUGACCACGACGCCCAGCGUGAUAUGCAGAUGGCAACGGAGACGACUGUUGGGAAAGCGCACACCAGAAGCCUCGUAAACCACAUCAAGAGGCUCACGUGCAACUCUACCUUCAUCUGCCUCACGCUCGCAGCGUGCGCCGAAAGCAUCGUAUCCGUACCGAGCGCUUGCGGAGGAACACUGCUGGGUGGAUACGCAAUAACGAAGUUGAACUUCAAGUCGUCCACGAUCGUGCGCUACUGCGUCGUGCUCUCUUUCGUGCCCUGGUUCACGCUUUUCGUGUUCAUGCACUCCUGCCCCAGCAAUCACAGCGCACUUGUCAACAUCACCACUUGGGACGAAAGACGUGAUGCUGUGCGCAGCCGGACGCUCACCUUUGGCGACCUGAGUCACAGCUGCAACGCGCACUGCAACUGCUCGGGCGUCGGCUACGACCCGGUGUGUGGGAGCGACAACUUCACCUACUAUUCGCCCUGCGUUGCCGGAUGCGGGAACGUGAGGAACUUCAGGAAGACCAAGCUGUAUUCUCAGUGCACUUGCGUUCACGGCCCUACGCUGUUCAUGGCUUCCGAAGGCGAGAGCAACGAGACGGGCUUUCACUACAUGGCAAGGCGAGACCCGUGCACCGCUGACUGCGGCCUCAUCGUUGUCUACGCCGCCGCCGUAUUCGUCGCACUCUUCUUCACCUUCCUGCUCAUCGUUCCCGCUCUGACAGCGCUUCUUCGAGCACUCGACGAAGAUAUUAAGUCUACCGGAAUAGGCGUCAACUAUGUCGCCAUCAGAUUACUGGGCACCAUUCCGGGCCCAAUAUUAUUCGGUUACCUGAUCGACCGCAGCUGCAUUCUGUGGGAAAGCACGUGCAGCGGUGGCUCUGGUGCUUGCGCCAUCUACGAGAACUCGGCCAUGGGCAUGAACCUGUUCCGCACUAUGUGA